GUUUUCACAUAAUGAACAUAUUGCAGAUGAUGCUGAUGUUAUUACUAGUCAUUCACAAGACUCCAUGUCUCAUACUUUUACAGAUCUAAUUUCUUCACAUGAUUGUGAUGUGUUAUUGCAUUAUGUGCAUGAUAUUGUUUUUUCUACGGUUACUGAUUUCAUGUCGGAUGAGAAUGAUAUUGUCUUGUUGGAUUUUCUCCAGAAUACUGUUUUUUCAGUUGUUACUGAGACGUUGUCUCUUGAACAUGAUGCUUUGUUGUUGAAAUACGUUGAGAAGUUGGUAUUUUAUACUGUUGUCUUCUACCAAUGACCCUCCUUCAGGUUCUUCAAAUCCUAUAAAGGAUUUAGUUCCUUAUAUCCCAAGUAUUCAACCUUUGUCAGUAAUUCAUACACCGGAAUCACUUCAGAAAAAAGGAAUGUAAGGCCCAAUGUUUUUUUGAAAUCCCCUUUUGUUGGUGAGUUUGAUUCUGGAGGUGGAUCUUUGAAGACAUUUGUUACCCCCAUUGGAUGCCCUUUUGUUGAUGAAGCAGACUGUGUGCCACUGUCUUCAGUUCUUGAAUCAUUUAAUAUUUGGAUUGAUGAAGGGACUUAUAAGCGCAAAAGAUCCAAUUUGAUGUAUCCUUCGAAAGUUGAUCAUCUCAGUCCUGGAUUCAAUUUUGAUGUUGCUUUUGUCGAAUCAAAGACAUGGUUUCACCAGCUUCAUUAUAUGGGGCAGAUGAUAUCAGAUUCUGCUUUACCUUUCCCCGUUCAAAGCCUUGGGAUGAAGUGGAGCAUGUUUUGAUGUUAGUUUACCUUAAGGAACAAAUGCACUGGGUCCUUUCCAGGUUUUGCAUCAAUGAUUGGUGUAUUUAUAUUUACAAUUCAAUGAUCAGCUCAAGGGAUAGAAGUAAUGCUAUACAUGUUGUGAAACCAUAUACUGUG